CAGAAAAUCUGUUAAAAUGGACCAAGUAGACGGCUACGCCAGUAACAACACUGUAACAGGGAAGGAUACUCAUGAAGUUUUAAAAGAACACAGUCCAUACUUCCGAUGGACUGCAGGGGAAAGAGUACUCGAUAUAGGUUGCGGUCCAGGAGAUGUUACGGCUAACGUUGUUCUUCCUUUCCUCCCGAAGGAUUGCUCAAUGGUCGGAUGUGACUUAUCUGAACCUAUGCUCGAAAGUUGUAAAAAAUACGAAAUCGAUGGCAGGCUGAAAUUUGGAAAACUUGAUAUUCAAGAAAAGAGGCUCAAAUCUGGCUGGGAAAAUGCAUCAUUUGACAAAAUAUUUUCAUUUUAUUGUUUACACUGGGUUACAGAUUACAGACAAACGAUGCGAAACAUCUACUCUUUACUGAAACCAGGCGGUGAAAUUCUUUUAAUGUUCCUCACACCUGAUAAUGCGGUCUAUAUUGCCUUCGAGAUAUUAAAACAAUCACCGAAGUGGAACAGCUAUAUUAAGGAUAUAACAUGGUUUUAUAAAGCCAAUGAUUCUGUUGAAUUCUUUCGAAACUUGCUUGAAAGUGUUGGGUUUCAAGAAGUUGAGAGUUACCUGAAGACAACGGAGCACCGAAUCGCUUCUUGGCCAAUUUACAUAGUAUUCACUAAUGUCAAACACAGUUACAAAAUAAGGCCUCCACUGCACCUACCUCGACUCCUCUCCCUGACGGCGUUAGACGUGAUGAAUUUUAAAUCCGAGAGCGCUCGCUAG